AUGGACGCCUUCACCACCAUCCUCUCUUACUUCGCCGCCAGCGAGGAGCAGCCGCGUGCCGAUGCGCCUGUCGAGGCCGACACUGGCGACAACAGCAACGGUGCGGCAACGGCGGCGGCUGCGUUGUUGCUUGAGCGUGCUCGUUUUCCUUCAUUAGCCACCGGGGUCAAUCUUCAUUCGUCCUUCUCGAUGCCCGUCAUGGAGUUGCUCAUAUCAUACGCCGUCGUCAUGCCGGUCUCGCGACUUGAACCCGGUCCCCGUACUUCGCCACAGACUGACGUGUGUCAUCUUGACGCGCUGUUGAACAGCCGAACGGACCUUACAGGCCGAGCCUAG